GGCGAGCUCGGGGAGGCGGGCCUAGAGCGCCCCGCUGGAGGAAGAGAGCAAAAGCCCAAGUUGGCGGCUGGCUGGGCCCCGCGAGGGGAGGGACGGCAGGGUUGAUGACAAGCCAAGAGCUGAAAUCACUUGAAGAUAUUUCUGACUCACCGGAGUGAACCACAGUGCUUUAUCUCUCAGGAUCUCCGAAUAUCCCGGCCCUCUCCACCAUGGCCAGCCGGGGUGGUGGCCGGGGUCGUGGCCGGGGCCAGUUGACCUUCAACAUGGAGGCCGUGGGCAUUGGGAAGGGUGACGCUUUGCCGCCACCCACCCUACAGCCUUCUCCACUCUUCCCUCCCUUGGAGUUCCGCCCCGUGCCUUUGCCCUCAGGAGAAGAGGGGGAAUAUGUUCUGGCCUUGAAACAGGAGCUGCGUGGGGCCAUGAGACAGCUCCCCUACUUCAUCCGGCCGGCUGUCCCCAAGCGAGAUGUAGAACGUUACUCAGACAAAUAUCAGAUGUCGGGGCCUAUUGACAAUGCCAUCGAUUGGAACCCUGAUUGGCGGCGGCUCCCCCGCGAGCUGAAGAUCCGGGUGCGGAAGCUGCAGAAAGAGCGGACGACCAUUCUACUCCCCAAGAGGCCUCCUAAGACCACGGAAGAUAAGGAGGAAACAAUACAGAAACUGGAGACUCUGGAGAAGAAGGAGGAGGAAGUCACUUCAGAGGAAGACGAGGAGAAAGAGGAAGAAGAAGAAAAGGAGGAGGAGGAAGAGGAGGAGUACGAUGAAGAAGAACAUGAGGAGGAAACUGACUACAUCAUGUCGUAUUUUGACAACGGAGAGGACUUUGGAGGUGACAGUGAUGACAAUAUGGAUGAAGCUAUAUACUGAAGAGCUCAGGAACUUCCUGGGCCAUCAUCUUUCCUGAUUUGGGAUAGAGAGAGUAAUUGUCCCUAUUAUUCAGGGUCUGUUCUUAUCGUGUUUGUUUGUUUUUUUUAAACAAGUUUUCAUGGAGCCCACGCUGGCCUUGAACUGCUAGUCCACCUGCCUUCAGCUCCCAAGUAUGCUGGGACCACAACAGGCAUGUGCCACACCUGGCUUCCUGUAACUUAGUUUUGUGACAAAAUAAAAUAAAGCCGUUUGGUCAGAGUCUA